ACCGUGGUGCGGGAGCCGAGAGGUGGCGCGGGGGCUCCGCCGCGGAUGCCGGUUGGAGAGCGAUGUUUCCAGCCGGGCGCGUUCUUCCCGGGCUAGCGCUUCAUUCUUCCGCGGCAUCCCUGGAGGACCGGAGACUGAUGCAUGAGGGGCCCAUGGAGGCGAAGGAGCGGUGGUGAUGGUUUGGGAAGCGGAGCUGAAGUGCGCUGGGCUUUGGUGAGGCGUGACAGUUUAUCAUGACCGUGUUCAGGCAGGAAAACGUGGAUGAUUACUACGACACCGGCGAGGAACUUGGCAGCGGGCAGUUUGCCGUGGUGAAGAAAUGCCGCGAGAAGAGCACGGGUCUGCAGUAUGCCGCCAAGUUCAUCAAGAAAAGGAGGACGAAAUCCAGCCGGCGGGGCGUGAGCCGCGAGGACAUCGAGCGCGAGGUCGGCAUCCUGAAGGAGAUCCAGCACCCCAACGUCAUCACGCUGCACGAGGUGUACGAGAACAAGACGGACGUCAUCCUGAUUCUGGAGCUUGUUGCAGGUGGCGAGCUGUUUGACUUCUUAGCUGAAAAGGAAUCUUUGACUGAAGAGGAAGCAACUGAAUUUCUCAAACAAAUUCUUAAUGGUGUUUACUACCUGCACUCCCUCCAGAUUGCCCACUUUGAUCUUAAGCCUGAAAACAUAAUGCUUUUGGAUAGGAAUGUUCCCAAACCUCGGAUCAAGAUCAUCGACUUUGGGCUGGCCCAUAAAAUUGACUUCGGAAAUGAAUUCAAAAACAUAUUUGGGACACCAGAAUUUGUUGCUCCUGAGAUAGUCAACUAUGAACCGCUUGGUCUCGAGGCAGAUAUGUGGAGUAUUGGAGUAAUCACCUAUAUUCUCCUAAGUGGGGCCUCGCCAUUUCUUGGAGACACUAAGCAAGAGACGUUAGCAAAUGUAUCCGCUGUCAACUACGAAUUUGAAGAAGAAUACUUCAGUAAUACCAGUGCCCUCGCCAAAGAUUUCAUAAGAAGACUGCUCGUCAAGGAUCCAAAGAAGAGAAUGACCAUUCAAGAUAGUUUGCAGCACCCCUGGAUCAAGCCUAAAGAUACCCAACAAGCACUUAGUAGAAAAGCAUCAGCAGUAAACAUGGAGAAAUUCAAGAAGUUCGCAGCCCGGAAAAAAUGGAAACAAUCAGUUCGCUUGAUAUCACUGUGCCAAAGAUUAUCCAGGUCGUUCUUGUCCAGAAGUAACAUGAGUGUUGCCAGAAGUGAUGAUACUCUGGAUGAGGAAGACUCCUUUGUGAUGAAAGCCAUCAUCCAUGCCAUCAACGAUGACAAUGUCCCAGGCCUGCAGCACCUCCUGGGCUCAUUGUCCAACUAUGAUGUUAACCAACCCAACAAGCAUGGGACGCCUCCGUUACUUAUUGCUGCUGGCUGUGGGAACAUUCAAAUGCUACAGUUGCUUAUUAAAAGAGGCUCAAGAAUCGAUGUCCAGGAUAAGGGUGGAUCCAAUGCCAUCUACUGGGCCUCUCGGCACGGCCACGUGGACACCUUGAAAUUUCUCCAUGAGAACAAAUGCCCUUUGGAUGUUAAAGACAAGUCUGGAGAGACAGCCCUGCACGUGGCGGCUCGCUACGGCCACGCCGACGUGGUUCAGUUACUGUGCAGCUUUGGCUCCAAUCCCAAUUUCCAGGACAAGGAAGAAGAAACCCCUCUGCACUGUGCUGCCUGGCACGGCUACUACUCUGUGGCCAGAGCCCUGUGUGAAGCCGGCUGCAACGUGAACAUUAAGAACCGGGAAGGAGAGACGCCCCUCCUGACGGCCUCCGCCAGGGGCUACCACGACAUUGUGGAGUGUCUGGCCGAACACGGAGGCGACCUGAAUGCCCCUGACAAGGAUGGACACAUCGCUCUUCAUCUCGCUGUGAGGCGGUGUCAGAUGGAGGUCAUCCAGACUCUGCUCAGCCAGGGAAGCUUCGUCAAUUUCCAAGACAGGCACGGCAACACGCCCCUCCACGUGGCCUGCAAGGACGGCAACGUGCCCAUUGUGGUGGCCCUCUGCGAGGCCAGCUGCGAUCUGGACAUCUCCAACAAGUAUGGCCGCACACCCCUGCACCUGGCCGCCAACAACGGGAUUCUCGACGUGGUCCGCUACCUCUGUCUGACGGGCGCCAACGUGGAGGCGCUGACCUCGGAUGGGAAGACAGCAGAAGAUCUCGCCCGGUCGGAGCAGCACGAGCACGUAGCAGGUCUCCUCGCAAGACUCCGAAAGGUUGUAAUUGCAUCCUGCCACGUGCGGAAAGCGCGUCACCCCUCCACUUAUCUGGCGUUCCCAGGCUGCUGCAGGCUCGCCCCUGUCAGUCAGCGGGUGUUCAGUCAUCUUUCCGGUGGGGACAGGAAUGUCCCAGAGAAGGACAACACAGCAGCGAAGGCAGGGAGGGCAGGCGUGCACGGUGCCCUGUGCGAGUCUCACCUGCCUCCUCUGCCUGCAGUCUCCGUGAGCAUCAACAACCUGUACCCGGGCUGCGAGAACGUGAGCGUGAGGAGCCGCAGCAUGAUGUUCGAGCCUGGCCUCACCAAGGGGGUGCUGGAGGUGUUCGUGGCCCCGUCCCACCACCCGCACUGCUCCGCCGAUGACCAGUCCACGAAGGCCAUCGACAUCCAGAACGCCUAUCUGAACGGGGUUGGCGAUUUCAGCGUGUGGGAGUUCUCUGGAAACCCUGUCUACUUCUGCUCAUACGAUUAUUUUGCUGCAAAUGACCCCACGUCAAUCCACGUCAUCGUUUUCAGUCUAGAAGAACCCUAUGAGAUCCAGCUGAACCAGGUGGUUUUCUGGCUCAGUUUCCUGAAGUCUCUUGUGCCGGUUGAGGAGCCCAUAGCCUUCGGCGGCAAGCUGAAGAACCCACUUCGCGUCGUCCUGGUGGCCACGCACGCCGACAUCAUGAACGUUCCCCGUCCAGCCGGAGGCGAGUUUGGAUACGACAAAGACACGGCUCUGUUGAGAGAGAUCAGGAACAGGUUUGGGAAUGAUCUUCACAUUUCAAAUAAGCUGUUUGUUCUGGAUGCGGGGGCUUCUGGGUCGAAGGACAUGAAGGUACUUCGAAAUCACCUGCAAGAAAUACGGAGCCAGAUUGUUUCCGUCUGCCCUCCAAUGACUCACCUGUGUGAGAAAAUCAUCUCCACGCUGCCAUCCUGGAGGAAGCUCAAUGGGCCCAACCAGCUGAUGUCACUGCAGCAGUUUGUGUACGACGUGCAGGACCAGCUGAACCCCCUGGCCAGCGAGGAGGACCUCCGGGGCAUCGCCCAGCAGCUCCACAGUGCCGGCGAGAUCAACAUCAUGCAGAGUGAAACGGUCCAGGACGUGCUGCUCCUGGACCCCCGCUGGCUGUGCACCAACGUCCUGGGGAAGCUGCUCUCCGUGGAGACCCCGCGGGCCCUGCACCAUUACCGGGGCCGCUACACCAUGGAGGACAUCCAGCGCCUGGUGCCCGACAGUGACGUGGAGGAGCUGCUGCAGAUCCUCGAUGCCAUGGACAUCUGUGCCCGGGACCUGAGCAGUGGGACCAUGGUGGACAUCCCCGCCCUGAUCAAGACGGACAACCUGCACCGCUCCUGGACGGAGGAGGAGGACGAGGUGAUGGUCUACGGCGGCGUGCGCAUCGUCCCCGUGGAGCACCUCGCCCCCUUCCCGUGCGGCAUCUUUCACAAAGUCCAGGUGAACCUGUGCCGGUGGAUCCACCAACAGAGCGCGGAGGGAGACGCAGACAUUCGCCUGUGGGUGAGCGGCUGCAAGAUUGCCAACCGCGGGGCCGAGCUCCUGGUGCUCCUGGUCAACCACGGCCAGGGCAUCGAGGUCCAGGUGCGCGGGCUGGAGACGGAAAAGGUCAAGUGCUGCCUCCUGCUGGACUCGGUGUGCAGUACGAUCGAGAACGUCAUGGCCACCACGCUGCCGGGGCUGCUGACGGUGAAGCAUUACCUGAGCCCCCAGCAGCUGAGGGAGCAUCACGAGCCCGUCAUGAUCUACCAGCCCCGGGACUUCUUCCGGGCGCAGGCCCUGAGGGAGACCUCGCUGACCAACACCAUGGGCGGGUACAAGGAAAGCUUCAGCAGCAUCAUGUGCUUCGGCUGUCACGACAUCUACGCACAGGCCAGCCUGGGGAUGGACAUCCACGCGUCAGAUCUGAACCUCCUGACGCGGAGGAAACUUAGUCGCCUGCUGGACCCGCCCGAUCCCAUGGGGAAGGACUGGUGCCUUCUCGCCAUGAACUUGGGCCUCCCUGACCUCGUGGCCAAGUAUAACACCAACGACGGGGCUCCCAAGGAGUUCCUCCCGAGCCCAGUCCACGCGCUGCUCCGGGAGUGGACCGCCUACCCCGAGAGCACGGUCGGCACCCUCAUGUCCAAACUGCGGGAGCUGGGGCGCCGAGACGCGGCAGACUUCCUACUGAAGGCGUCCUCUGUGUUCAAAAUCCACCUCGAUGGCAACGGCCAGGAGGCCUACGCCUCGAGCUGCAACAGUGGCACAUCUUAUAAUUCCAUUAGCUCGGUCGUGUCCAGGUGAGGGCAGCUUUGGCUUGGGCAGGGUGUCUUCAAACUGCAAAAGCAAGGGGGAUGCAGCCAUCUUUCCCACCAGAGAUUCCAGAUGCACCCCUUCCUAUGCCCCCCUCCCUCCCGCUGCACCUAUUUCUCUGCUACUCCCUCCCUCCUUCCCUCCCCGCUUCCUCCCUCUCACACAUUCCAUUGUGAGUGAACGGUCUGUUCUAGUUUAAGAGCUAAUCAUACCCGUUCGUUUGGCCAUUUGAGAAGCUAGUGUCCCUCCUCUCCCUGUUCUGGACUCCAUCUCAGCCUCUAGUACCUUGCUUCUGACUGAUAAUUUUACUGGAAUCCCUAACUUUUCAAUGGAAAAAUUUUUAACGAUUAUAUUGAUUGUCCUUUAAAUAAAAAGCGCACAUUUAUCCAAAAUGUGCAUUUCAUACUCUUCUUUGUUAUAUUAUCAUGUCCUCAGCUUAUCUUUUUUAUAUUUAUAGGAAAACCCCUCAUGUAUGGACUCCCACUGUAUGAUUUAUAAAUAGACAAUAUGUGAGUGCCUUUUGCAGACGAGGGUGUGUUUGAAACCAUCACGUCAGCCAGGAGCUGUCCGGAAGGAAACGCUCCCCUCUGCUCCUUGCUGUAUGCUGAUCAUCGCCAGAGGUGCUUCACCCUCCGAUUUGCGUUGGGUUUUCCCCCAGCAAUUUUUGUGUUUUAUUUGGCAAGGAGAGGGGGAAAAGGAAUCCUCCUCUAGAGUGAUUUCAUGGCCAGUGUUGUUGCUACGAUGACAUGUAUUCGUUAGCUUUUGUUUAAACGUCAAUGUGAACGUCCACGUGGAAUCGACAAACUGUGGCGCUUUAUCAUUCCCUCUCAUCUCAGGUAGAAGGCUGACAGUUGUAGGGCUACGAAGAUCUGUGUGAGAACGCAAAACCCCCGACUCACGGUUUGUGGCAGUCCGUUGUCAUUUGUGCAUAGCAGAUGGUUUUCCACAUUGAGAUCCUGGUUUGAUAACUUCCUGUACUUGAAAUCUACAAAGGAAAAUAAAGGAAGCAAGUUUCCUUGCAGUGACUU